AUGGAUAUUAUGCGGAGGCUUGUUCAAUUGGACCUAGGAACCCCAGCGAAAACCUAUGACCUUCUCUUCGACAAUGGUUCCGCAACCCUAUGGGUUUUGAGUGGUAACUGUACUGACCAAUGCCCGAACGCUAGUGGACACUCACGGACUACAUAUAAUCUUACAUCCACUGGUGAGGCGUAUUACAACACUACGGACUCCAUUGUUUACGAUGGAGGCAAAGUAUUUGGCUAUCUCGUCUCAGAUAUUGCCGAAGUCCCAGGCACCAAUGUUCCCUUCUGCCAGAAGUUCGCUUCUAUUACAUCUAGUACCUGGGCUGCGCUUGGAGCAGACGGAUUCUUGGGUCUGGCGUCAAGCACAAUUGCGUUUCCUAACACGACUGCGCCGUUUGAGAAUGCAAUACAACUUGGCCUCCUGGACCAACCCCGGUUUGCCAUAUAUCAGGGUACCGGGAUUCCCACGGUAGCAAACCCAAGUCCUGAAAACAACGGCGUUUUGACGAUGGGUGGGAGUCAUGAAGACGUCUACGCAGAUGGCGAGGUUGAGUUUGUUCCCAUCAACACGCCGUUCCAGGUCUACAAAGCACAGUUCCAGGGCGUGAGUGGGAGCAACCACUUUGCUAAUCAGAAUGAGCAACAUGGAUCACUAAAAUGGGAUGGUGACGUAGUUUUCGACACAGGCUCGGGUCUUAUUAACCUACCAGAGAGUCACAUUGCGGCAGUAUACAACAUGGCCCCAUGGUCUUACGGCCAACUUAUGACUGGAUAUCGACCACUAUGUUCCGAUUUCAAUAACACAUGGUCUCUCUCCUUUACCUUCGGCACUGAUGACACUCAUAAAACUUUCACGCUUUCGGGUGAUCAAUUGGCGACACCUGGAUAUGUGGACGAUGAUCACUGCUUCCCACCAUUCAACUCAUGGGGUAGCAACAAUACUAUUCUCGGAGCGCGAUGGAUGAGCAAUUUCUAUUCUGUCUUCGAUUUUGGAUCGUUUGAGCCGUUGGGAUAUGAUCUUCGCAUUGGCUUUGCGCCAUUGAAGGAAUACCAGCCCAUAGUCUAG